GAGAGGGAAGAAGGGCAUGCCUCGGCACACAGUGGGAGCGGGAUGAGGCGGAGGGUGCAGAAGGCGGGACAAUAGUAACAGAAGUCCCCGGAGUGCGCAAGCGCACGGUACCCGCCGGCUGGGGAGCGGACCUCGGCGCGAGCCCCCUGUGGGCGUGUGCGCCUGCGCACUCGGAAGAAGUUCGAAGGCUUCCUGCAGCCUGACUUCCGGACAUUUGCUGUGGAUCCUCAGAUCACCUCCCUAGACGUGCUACAGCAUAUCCUGAUGCGAGCCUUCGACCUGAGUGGGAAGAAGCAUUUUGGCAUCAGUUACCUGGGCCGAGAGAAGUUGGGUCCCGAGGCCUAUAUCCCAUUGACCUCAGAGGGAGAUCUGAGUGCAGCCUUCACUAGUGCCUCCCAGCCCUACCUACAGCUUCGAGUGGAUGUCAGGCCUUUGGAAGAUAGUCCCCUCUUGGAAGACUGGGAUAUCAUCAGUCCCAAGGAUGUCAUCGGCACUGACCUGCUGCCUGUGGAGAAGCGUUCCCUGACGGCUGUGGCUCUGCCUUUCACACAGUCCAUCAUCUCGCAGGUGGGUCGGACGCUUUCCAAGGUGCAGCAGGUGCUGAGCUGGUCCUAUGGGGAAGACCUCAAGCCUUUCAAACCUCCACUCAGCGAUGCCGAGUUUCACACCUACCUGAAUCGGGAGGGCCAGUUGUGCCGGCCUGAAGAGCUGCGGCUGCGUAUUUACCAUGGAGGAGUGGAGCCUUCCCUGCGCAAGGUAGUGUGGCGGUACUUGCUGAAUGUGUACCCCGAUGGUCUGACGGGCCAGGAGCGGAUGGACUACAUGAAACGGAAGACCGUGGAGUACAACCAGCUGAAGAGUGAGUGGCAGCAGCGAGCCAGUGCCGAAGACUUGGAGUUCAUUCGCAGCAAUGUCCUCAAGGACGUGCUGCGCACAGACCGGGCUCACCCCUACUAUGCAGGGCCUGAGGACAACCCCCACCUCAUCGCUCUGCAUGACCUGCUCACCACGUACGCUGUCACUCACCCCCAGAUCUCUUACUGCCAGGGCAUGAGCGACAUUGCCUCCCCCAUCCUGGCUGUCAUGGAUAAUGAGGGCCAUGCCUUUAUCUGCUUCUGUGGCAUCAUGAAGCGCCUGGAGGCCAACUUCCGCGUUGAUGGGGAGGCCAUGUCCGUCAAGUUCUCCCACCUGAAGCUCCUGCUCCAGUACUCUGACCCAGAAUUCUAUAGCUACCUCCUCUCCACUGGGGCCGACGACCUCUUCUUUUGCUACCGUUGGCUGCUGCUUGAGCUCAAGCGGGAGUUUGCCUUUGAAGAUGCUCUGAGGAUGCUGGAGGUGACUUGGAGCUCCUUGCCCCCAGACCCACCUGAGAAAGAGGUAGAGCUUGUGGGCGUUCCUGCCCCAGCCCGAGAUGGCGAGCAGCCUGUGCGCCAGAGGCACAUGCUGAGGCCCACAUACUAUGCCUUGGAUGAGGCCGGAGACAAGGUGCUGCAGCCAAGGGCAGAGAAGGAAGACAGCCUGGGAAUGGAGGACAGUGAGGAGACAGGCUUUAGGGGAAGGCCCGUAGCCAGACAGGCUAGUGUUGGGGACCAUCAGCCUGGCAGAGCCCAGGCUGGGGAGGACAGCCAGUGGGGCAUCCCUCCACAGCUGCUGGAACAGUUGGCAGUGGAGGAGGGGGCCAUGCCACCCAGCAUGGUCGUUCCCUUGGCACUACCUCUUCACAUGACCAAGUCCUUCUCAGCCCCUUCCCUGGCACCUUUCUCCCCAUCAGCAGCUCCAGCCCCACUGUCUGCAGAGCCCGGCCAGGUCGGGGAGGAGAGCAGCAGCAGCCGAACCCCUUCAGACAAAGGUGGCCCUCUGGGGAAGAGCCUAUCUUCCCCCUGUUCGUCAUCACUCCUGCCAACACUGCCACCUGCUGGGGCAGCUGUGAGCCUCCCUCCGCCCCAGGAGUUUGGCCGGGGGAAUCCCUUCAUGCUCUUCUUGUGCUUAGCUAUACUGCUUGAGCACCGGGACCACAUCAUGAAGCGGAGUAUGGACUACAAUGAAUUGGCCAUGCACUUUGACCGGCUGGUGCGGAGGCACCACCUUGGGAAGGUUCUGCACCGGGCUAAGACACUGUUCGCUGACUACCUGCAGUCUGAGGUGUGGGACUCUGAGGAAGGUGAUGAGGCUGCGGCAGAUUCGCCACCACCUGCCGUCCCCAGCACCAGCACAGCCACAACCUCCUGACCCCAGGAACCUUCUUCCCUCCCCAGUCUCCCCUCCCUCUCCGUCUUCUCUGUUCCAGCUGCUGCCAAGAAAGGGGAUCCUGGGGGAACAAGCCGCCAGCUACCUCCCUCUGCCUCUGUCUCUGCGUUCCCCUCAUAUGCCCACCUCCCAAGGAAGGAAGAUGAUGUCUUCAGCUCUUGGUCUGCCUCCCAGCAGCUCUUGAGUCUUCCACAUGUCCACCCCCAGGAGUUGCCCCCAGUCGAGAGGCUUUGCCCACUGCUGCUUUAGGAGAUGGAUAAAGCCGAAGGAAGCCUCUAGGCCCCCUCUUUGCUUUGAGGGGUGUUUGGUCAUGGUAUUUCAAUGCCUUCUUCUGACUCGGCAAACACUCUUGGGGAGUGGGUUUCCUGGGCCCUGCAUCUCUGUUUACAUUCUCCCCGGAGACUGGCUCACCCACAUCCCAGUGAUGGAAGAUGAGGGUGCUAGCUAGCCAAGGGAGGCAGGCCUGAGGGAUGCCACCUUUCAGCUCCCAAGCUCAGAGGCUUUAUUUCUGGGGAAUUGGAUGGGGAAGCCCUGGGGUGGGUUCUCAGGCUGCCACCCUCCAUCCUACUCCACCAGAGACCCUAAGUCUGUCCGUUGUCCCAUCCACUGGGGAGGCAUUCCCUGGAAUCAGCUGCUUUAUUGUGUGAACAAUAAACACCUGCCAACUUCCAA